AGUGGUGUGUUCAGUGCUUGUUUGUGUUUUUCUACUUUAAAGAAAACAACUGCAUGCGGACCUGUCAGUAGCUGAAGUAAUAAAUAUAUUGCCGCAUUUACUGGAAAAACUUGAAACAAAAUGAGUAAGCUGGAAUUCAACACCUUACACUCAAUCGAUACGGAGUAUUCCGCCGACUCUAUAGAAUGGUGUCCACACCAGCAAUAUCAAUCCUAUUUCGCUUGCGGCACAUAUCAGCUGGAAGAGAAUGUGGGAGAGGAAAGCACUAUGAGUACCAGGCGAAAGGGUCGCAUAUAUCUAUAUAGGUUUUGUACUGCAACCAAAAAGCUCACGGAAGUUUGUCGCCUGGAGACAGCUGCCAUUCUAGAUAUGAAGUGGUUAAACGACGAAACCAACGCGAAUCCCUCACUUGCUACUGUGAAUUCGUUUGGUCAACUAGAAAUAUAUGAGUUUGAAGAAGAUAUAUUGAAAAGAAUCAGCAGUUUGGAUAUAAAUUCCGAUUGUGAUGAUUUGUUGGCAUUGUCGCUGGAUUGGCGACGUACGGAGAAUUCCAGUCAAUCAAAUCAAUUUCAAAUAUUGGUUUCAGAUUCCAAAGGUGGCGUGAGUUUAAUCGACUAUGCACCAAAGUAUGGCCUCAAACUCACUAAUACUUUUGCUGCACAUGGUUUCGAAGCAUGGACGUGUGCUUUUGAUCGUUGGGACUUAAAUCGUAUUUACAGUGGUGGCGAUGAUAUACUUCUGCACACUUAUGAUCUACGAACUUGCACGCGUAUUCUCAGCAACAAAUCGCAUAACGCUGGCGUUACUUGCAUGCUCAGUCAUCCCAAACACGAGCAUUUAUUGCUGACUGGCAGUUAUGAUGAGCAUUUGCGUACAUUUGAUACGCGCACCAUGAAGCAUCCCUUGGGAGAACUGAAUCUUGGCGGCGGCAUAUGGCGUCUAAAAAUCGAUCCGUUAGAGCGUGAUCUCAUUUUGGUCGCAUGCAUGUAUCAUAACUUCGGCAUCGUUCAGCUGAAAGGUGGACAGUUGGAGGCACCAACGUUGCUUGGCGAAUAUUACGAGCAUAAGAGCAUAUGUUAUGGUGCGGACUGGUGUCUUGACGUGUCUGAUGAUAAAAAUUUGUACACAGCAACUUGCUCAUUUUACGAUCAUAAACUCUGUGUGGCCCAAAUAGUUGAAGAGUAACAGUAACUGUUUAAGUUUCAGAAAAAAUAAAUGUCUUUACAAAAUGUAAA